CCUUGGCAGAUCGGAUUUCUGUGCAAUACGCCAUGCCUCGGCAGGCCAUGAUCAUCAGCUGUGGCAGUCAAAUUUGCAGUGGUUCCAUUAUUAGCAGUUCUUGGGUUCUCACUGCCGCCCAGUGUGUCAGGAACACGAAUCCUGAGGACACUGCUGUCAUAUUGGGCCUGAGGCCUUUGAGAGUUGUUAAGGUGUCUGCCAUUCUACUGCAGGAGAGAUUCCGGUUGGUGAGUGGGGCCGCAAGAAACGACCUAGCAUUGCUACUCCUUGAAGAGGUCCAGACUCCUAUUCAGCUUUUAGCACCCUUGGCCCCAGUGAAGAACCUGAAGACCUCAGAAUGCUGGCUCUCUGACCCACGCAUUCUUAAACCAGAAGAGACAGAUGAGACUCCAGAAAUGUUACAGAUGCAGGUAAUGGGAGCUUCAAACUGUGCCCACCUCUACCCUGACAUAGGCAGUUCUAUUGUCUGCUUCAUUACUCAGGCCAAAGACACUGAGACGAAUGUG